AAUCACACAUAAAUAUAUUUUAUCUCCAAUAUACUACAUAUACUUUAAAAAUCUAAUUAAAAUUUCUCUUAAAUAAAAUGAACAAAAACAAUAUUUAUCAUUAUAAAAUACCUUCCCAAUUCACAUUCAUAGGUGAAAGGAUAUAGAAAAUAAGAUAGCAAUAACAAUGGCUGAAAAGAACCUCCCAACACCAACAAUGGCCGUACAAAUCUGCAAUCAAAUAGCUUCCAUAUUUUUUCAGCCCACCACCAGGCCGCCACCAUUAGAUCUCUUAGUUGACCAAAUAAGCGCCACUUGGGCCCGAAAGGGCCGUAUCUUUGUCCAUGGAGUGGGCCGUGAAGGGCUAAUGCUCAAGGCCCUAUGUAUGAGGUUAGCCCAUUUGGGCCUCUCAGCUUACUGUGUUUUUGAUAUGACUACUCCUCCAAUUGGGCCCACUGAUCUCCUCAUUGCAUCUGCUGGACCCGGUGGAUUCUCAACCGUUGAUGCUAUCUGUGGGGUUGCCAAAUUUAACGGUGCUUGUGUGUUGCUUCUUACUGCUCAACCUGAGAGCGGAUCCUCUGUGAAGUAUGCCACGGUAGUAGCUCAUGUUCCUGCACAAACAAUGGCUGAUGAUCAUCAGGAAGGACAGUUGGAGCAAUCUAGGCCGUUGCUUCCUAUGGGUAGUCUUUAUGAAGGGGCUUUAUUUGUGUUGUUUGAAAUGGUUGUUUUUAAGCUUGGUGAUAUUUUGGGCCAGACACCUGAGGCUGUUAGGGCUAGGCAUACCAAUUUAGAAUGAGAUAUAUAUUUUUUAUGAGAUUAUUUUUCGAUCUGAGAUGUUUAAAUCAUAUAUGAUUAAAUGUAUUUUAUAUUAAAACUGUCUUAUAUAACAUUUUAAUGAAAUUGUCAUCUAAAACAUUGCUUUAAUGUCAUUAUGUUACUUUAUCGUUUAUUUAAUUAUGAAAUAAGGAGUUUAGAAUGUAUAAUAUUAAAAUUUAUAAUUAAUAAUUAAUAAUUUUUUUGGAUGGAAUAAUUAAUAAUAUUAAUAAA